AUGCACACAGAUCACUUACUUUUUAAUUUGAAUGUUUUAGGAACGAAACAGAAGUGUAAAGCAGCCAAAAGUAACUUUGAAACAAGAAAUAAAGACAGUGAAGAAGUUGUGUUUAACGAAGACUCGAACGAUGAUACAUACAAGGAAAUUGAAGAGAUAGACAGCGAAAUGAAUAAAGAUGCCAAGACACCCAACAAAAGAAACUCAACAGGAAUUAAUUACAGAGAAAGUGAAAAUAAUGAAUCUGACGGUGAUGACAAUGCAUUUCAUAAAAAUCGAUAUAAUUUUUCACAACUGAAUGUGUACAAAAAACGAUUCAUUGAUUAUGAUCCAACUCAAUUAAGCUGGCAAAAUCGUGAAAGACCGAAAUGUGAGUGCGCUAUUAUUAAAGUUGAGAGCAAAGAAUCAUGA